AUGGCCGGUGGUGUCACUGGUGUGGGCGUUCGAGAACAGGCCGGAAGAUCGUUGCCAGAGUUGUUGCUUCGUGAGCGUGAAGAGUCGCGCGACACCAGCGCCGCUUCUUCUUAUCUAGGGAGCCUUCAAAUCGCCAUAAGACGUGCGCCUCGCCGCGUGCUCUGCCACCACUGGCUGCUACUGGCCGCGCUGGGAGCUGAAGAAUGCGACUCUGCACCAGGCUGCGGAGCGGUCCUAUCAGACGCGCCGAGACAACGCUCGAGACCCGUGGCUAAGCUCGUGUGCUCGCGGCCAACGGCUGGAGAAUGGCCGCCAAGCAGCCCGCGUCCCCAGCCCUUUGUUGCCGCCGCAGAGUGGCAGCCCGCGCCUUUCAACAACAAGACAAGCCAUGAAGCCCUCAAUCGCGCCCGGAGACUCCGCAGAGCCGCCGACAAUCUAUUUUCGCACCGGCUUCUCUUCCCAGAUGCGCAUGACGACAGCGAUCAAUAA